ACCUUAUCAUUUCUAACAAACUAGAUUAAAAAUUUAUCUUAUACACUUAAAAUUUUAAUUUUACUGUAAUCCUAAAAAAUUUUUAUUUAAAUUUGUUUGUUAAACGAUUAAAUUCUGAAUUUAAGGCGAUUUCACACAAAUUAUUAUUAAGGUCAAUCUUCCAAGCUCUGUAACUUAAGUAUUAUUGGUCGUACACACUUGGCUCUUAUAAACUUUUUCGUAGCAAAUUUUAUACCUUACCAAAGCUCUAAACUUGUUUUUUCAAAAAAAUUUUUUUAACACCAAAAAAUCAACUUAAAACCAAAAAAUAAAAUUUUCCUAUGUUAUUUAAAUAGGAAAUCGAAUUUUUCGAUGCGCUAAGCCCCUAUUCAACUUAGAAUUUUUUUUGAAGCGAGAAUAUUUUUUUUUCUAUAAAUUAUCAAUUGUUCAGCUUACUUGAAUAAACCUUGCAAAGAGAACAAUGAUUGCGAUCGAGUACAAUAUUCAAUAUGUUCAUCGGAUAAAAAAUGUGUGUGUGAUAAAAACUACAUUCAAAUUAAUAAUAUAAUCUGCAGACCAGAACUUGAUGGAUUUUGUUCUGAAGACAAAGAUUGUUUAGCUGUCAAUUCAACUUGCAUCAACAAUAAAUGUCAAUGUAGAAAAAAUUUUUUAAGACAAUCUAAUCACUUCUGUGUAUUACCUCAACUCGGAGUAUCUUGUAAAUAUCAUUUUGAUUGUGAACAAAUAGUGAGUAGUAUAUGCUCCGAAGAUGGAAGAUGUGAAUGCAUAUCAAAUUAUGCAGAGUAUAAUUCUACGGCAUGCGCACCACUACUUGGCGAUUAUUGUUCAACAAACAAAUUAUGUGCUCCUCUCAAUUCUAUUUGUAUCCAUAAUAAAUGUGUAUGUGAUGAUCGUUUUUCAUCACAAUCUAAUGAUAGAUGUCAACAACGUAAGCUUAUAUGUAUAUAAAGAAGACGUCAACAUCAUAUAAUUCAAUAUUUCAGCUUUCAAUUGACUAUUAUUUAUAAAUUCUGUGUGCUCAAUAAUUUAGAUCAGUUAAUGAUGAACUGUAAGAUCGAUGACGAUUGUAAAAACAUAAAUAAUUCAAAAUGUUUAAAUCAUACCUGUGUUUGUAAAGACAACUAUGAUAUGCUGAAUGGAACGACUUGUGCACCAUUAUUAGGUGAAUAUUGUAAAAACAAUCAACAAUGUGCACCCGCCAAUUCAAUUUGUAUUAAUAAUCGGUGUCAAUGCAACCUUGAUUAUAUACGGAGAUUCAAUAAUAGAUGCAUAGCAAAAACAGGAUAUUUAAGAAUAUCAUGUUAUAACGACGAUCAUUGUAUAGGCAUUAAAUAUGCAGAAUGUUCUGAAGAUAAAAAAUGCGUUUGUAAAUCUAAUUAUGUGUUACUUGGUGACGAAAAAUGUAUUGCACUUAUAGGUGAAUAUUGUGAUUCAGAUGAAGAAUGUAUUUCUUAUAAUACAGUUUGUAUCAAUAAGAAAUGCCAAUGUUCAGAGAAAUUUGCUACUAAAUCUGUGUAUCAAUGUGAUCGUAUUGCACUUGGUACAACUUGUGAGGCGCAUUAUAAUUGUGAAAUAUCAAUAAAAAACGCCGUGUGUUCCAAAAAUAAUCGAUGCAUUUGUCGUCAGAAUAGUUAUGCAUUGAAUGAAUUUGAAUGUGUAUCACCAUUAUAUGAAUAUUGCUUGAAUGACGAAGAGUGUCGUUUUAAUUCUUCUAUCUGUAUUAAAAAUAAAUGUCAAUGUAAAGAUAACUUUCGAUCUGUAUCGGACAGUCAGUGUGUCCCAUCUGGUAUCUUGUAUCAGUGUGACGACGUUUCAGAUUGUGGUGAUCCAUGGCAUAAUAAAUGUUCCGUUGAUAAAAGAUGUAUUUGUAAAAAAAAUAAUGUUUUGGUAAGCAAAUCAACAUGUUCGCCGCUUUUGAAGGGUUAUUGUUGGAUAGAUCAUCAAUGCGUAGUUGAAAAUUCAUUUUGUAAUGAUUUCCGAUGUGAAUGCCAACGCAAUUUCAUAGCUAUAUCUAAUAAUUUAUGUAUUCCAGGUAAUUAUAAUUAGUUAAAAUCAUACACUGUAAAAAAUUCCGAGUUCACGGUGUAGUAAGAAUGAUUUGGUGUGAAAAUUGUCAACAUUGACGGUGUGAGAGUUCGACGACGCACAGUUUUAAAUUUUUAGCUUUGAAAAUUAGAACGAUCACACCACCAACGGUUUAGAUGUUACAUUGAUAGACACAAAUUAAAAAAAAAGUUAUCAUUUCGGCAAAAUAAUAAUAAAAAAUGCUUUUAUACCAAUUUCUAUUCUAAGUUUUAAAUUUGAAUUAAUAUCAUAUCAAGCCAAAAUACAUCUUAAUCGAAUUGUUAAUUUAUCAGCUUCGAACCAUAAAAUAUCUUACAAAGGUCGGAGACCAUUUUCACAUUAAAGAUUUUUGACAGUUUAUCUGAAUGUUACUUUGAAUGAAACUAAAUGUUAUGAAAUAUAUAUAAUCAUGUCUUUUAAUGAAAUUCUUGUCUAUAUCUUUACAGUGUGAAGUUGAAAUAUUUAAUCACUUAUAAUGAAUAAGGUAUUAAUUCAAUUUUGAUAAA